AUGCCUCAGAACGAGUAUAUGGAACGGUGGCGUAAGCUCCAUGGUCGACGACUUGACCAUGAAGAGCGCACGCGCAAGAAGGAAGCUCGUGCCGGCCACCAGGCCUCCAAGGACGCCCAGGAGCUCCGCGGUCUGCGGGCCAAGCUGCACCAGCAGGCGCGCCGCAAGGAGAAGAUCCAGAUGAAGAAGCAGAUCAAGGCGCAUGAGGAGCGCAACGUCAAGUCGGCCGCCGAGCAGGACCACUCGACGCCCCUGCCGCAGUACCUGCUCGACCGCAGCAACCCGACCUCGGCCAAGGCCCUCUCGAGCGCCAUCAAGAACCGCCGCAACGACAAGGCCGCCCGCUUCGCCGUCCCCCUGCCCAAGGUCAAGGGUAUCAGCGAGGAGGAAAUGUUCAAGGUCAUCAACACGGGCAAGAAGACGGCAAAGAAGGGAUGGAAGCGCAUGGUUACCAAGCCUACCUUUGUCGGACCCGACUUUACUCGUCGUCCCGUCAAGUACGAGCGCUUCAUCCGCCCCAUGGGUCUACGUUACAAGAAGGCCAAUGUUACCCACCCCGAGCUCGGCGUUACGGUCCAGCUUCCCAUCAUCUCUGUCAAGAAGAACCCGCAAAACCCUCUGUACACUCAGCUGGGUGUGCUGACCAAGGGUACCGUGAUCGAGGUCAACGUGUCAGAGUUGGGUUUGGUUACUGCCAGCGGCAAAGUUGCGUGGGGUCGUUAUGCCCAAGUGACAAACAACCCAGAAAACGAUGGCUGCUUGAACGCUGUGUUGCUGGUUUAG